CCUGGCCAGGCUGCGGGCGAUGACUGGGCAAAAUGACUGUGGCAGUUGAUAUCAGCGGGCAGCAGCCAUCUCCCCAGUCGCUUGUCAUCCUCCCUCCUCCAAUUCCUUUCUCCCUGUCUUCUUUCCAUUUAUUCCCUUUCUACGAAAGCUCAAUGCUCUGUUUUCCCUUCGUUUUUCUUCUUUAUUCUUUGAAUACAGAACCCCCCCCCCCAGCCUUAAGCCCUAUGCGUUGUCUGUGGGAAUCUCACCUUGCCCAGACUUUCCUUUGAUCUCUUGCCCCUCCCUCACUGGCAAAGACACUCUUCGUUCUGCAAGCCCCCGUAUCCCAUUAUAGAACAGGCCUUUAUAUACAGAUAUAUAAUUUUACAAAUACGAUAUGGCGGACCGCGGUAGUCGAUCACCUGCGGAUGCUUCCAGGGACUCACGUUCCAGCAUUGAUUCACGCUCUCCAACUUCUAACAAUGCUCCUUUCCGUCUGGGCACUAUGCCCCCGUUACAACCCCGCCAUAGCUUCAGUGAUUCGUUACGUGCUGCUCCAUCCUCUCCUAGAGCUCGUCGACAGCCAUCCCUGCCCCAGUCUGCGGUCCAGAGCCUCAUCGAUAACCCACCUUCCGGAAAUGCGGCGGAUCCAGCCUUUGCGGGCCGUGAUUGGACCCAAAUAUCGAUUGGAGAGCUUGUCACCCCAAGUGAUCUUCGAUUUGUAGAGAUGGAUACAGGAAUUGAAGAGGCUACGAAGGUCCUUAUCGACUCUGGCAUCCCCGUUAUUAUGAUUCGCGAAAAACCCGAAGAUAAAGCUGCUAUUGGCACUUUCGAUUAUGCGGACCUCAAUGCAUACCUCCUGCUUGUGGUAGGCUUGGUGCAGCCAAGCGAGGAGCAUGUUGGGGCGAUGAGAGAGCUGGCCAAAAAAGCUAGAGAUGGGAAGGAAAUCCCACUUAGAGAUGUGAAGAAAUUGGGCCUGAACGUGCCUAUCACAAAUCUUCCUCCCAGUGCCAGUUUGAUGAGAGCGGUUGAGAUAUUUGGUGGUGGAAUCCAUCGGAUUAUUGUUACGAGAGAAGGUACAAACGAAGUUGUUGGUAUAUUCAGUCAGUGGCGGCUUGUGAAGUUUCUCUGGGAAAAUGGACAGAGCUUUCCUGUCAUCGAUCAACUUUAUCCACGGUCUUUGGCAGAGCUGAAGAUAGGUUCGCAGCAAGUAAUAUCGAUAAACGGAGACAGGCCACUCUCUGAAGCCUUGGAAUUAAUGAACAGUGAAGGGAUUUCGUCCAUUGCAGUCGUCGAUAAUCAACUCAAUGUCGUUGGAAACAUAUCUGUUGUAGACGUGAAGCUAUUAACCAAAUCAUCCUCCCUUCCUCUCCUAAAUGACACAUGUAUACAUUUUAUCUCCGUUAUUCUAUCAACCCGUGGUCUGCAUGAGGGUAAAGACUCAUUCCCGGUUUUCCAUGUUCACCCGCAAUCAACGUUAGCGCACACAGUGGCGAAGAUAGUUGCUACAAGAUCCCACAGGAUGUGGGUAACUGAUCCCCAGUCCCCUGCGUCGUCGGGGCCUUCCACCCCUUCUCACUCUACCGUUCACAUUCCCCUAAACAGCCCACCCACCGUUCCCGCCCAGCCUCGAUCUCCAUCUCCACCCCCAUCCACUCCCUUGCCCAGCCUAGGGCCUACACCAAAUAAUAACUGGAACCUACCCCCUCCCACUGCUACCCCGCACCUUGGGCAACCUCAUAAUCCUGCGCCUCAACCCCCAGCUGGCCCUCCACAGCUUCCAUAUCCACCGUCGAUCUCCACAUCGAUUCCAGCUGCCUCACUCCCCAGUGCGAGGCUAUCUGGCCACCUGGUGGGUCUGGUAAGCUUGACUGACAUCCUUAAUCUCUAUGCCCGCGCGAGCGGGUUAAGCCCCGCAGACCCGAGUAUUUACCGUAGCCAGCGAAGGCGAAGCAGUAGCUCAAGUCUAGGGAUACGAAAAAGUGGAGAUGUCGGGCGGGACAUUGGUAGGGAUGUCUGGAAUCGUGGAGGCACUUAGGCAUUUGGAGGUAAUUAGGAAUAGCUUGUCUAGGCUCACCAGUUCAAGUACUUGUCGUUUUUCCCCUCUCCGCUCUUGUUUAUCUCUCUUUCCCUGUCCCCUGUAGGAGUUAUGGAAAACGCCGUGCAUUAUCGUAUUGAGCCACUCACUCGUCGAUAGUGGUGAGAGUUUGAUAGUUGAUGACUUUAAAGAUCUUUGAAAUCACUGGCAUAAAUCCACGGCAUUUCUUUAGCAUUUCAACUUCUCUGCUAUCUUUUUGUAGGAUGGUUGGUCUCAUUAAUCUCGGAGAAGCUAGCUAGAUUAUAUGGCGGGCGCUAUCAAAAGAUUGCGCCGCUCAGAUUCAAUUUAUACAGCUAAGAAGCACCAGUGGCACUGCUAGACUGGCCGGCGGGACCAUGAAUUUCACAUUUGAUCCCAUUUGGUCUGGUCUCAUACAUUUCUUGGUGUGAGUCCCACCAGGAUCAGAUUUAAUAUAAGAAUAGUAAAUGAAAAUAAUUUCUCAGAAUAAACAGUGAAAG